UGUGGAUCUACCGACAUACAUAUAGCUACAUACCUUCUCGCAUUUGAGCGCAGCAGAGGCAACGUCCACAGUUCGGCAGCGCGCGACGUCACUGCGGAGGAAUCACUGCUCUCUACCAAACCCUCCUCUACUUUACCCGUCCCCUCCCGCUAAACCACCAUGGAUGCCCUACGUUUGCGCAAGAAGUUCCCGGAGGUCUCUCAAGAUGAGAUGUUUGACCUCAUCAGCCGCUUCAACUCGAUCCACACCGACACUCCCGGUCGCGUCGACAAAUCAAGCGCGUUGCAAGUACUACAGGCAUCGGGGAAGUCCUACGAUGCUGCACGAGAGACCUUGAAGCAUGUGCAGGUGGACGCAAGCGGGAAGCUCGAGUUGGAGGACUGGGUCGAGCUGAACGCAAAGAUGAAGACGCAGGCUCCUGCAUCCAUGCUGCCUUCGCACAAGGGCAAGGUCACCGUCCAGGGGUCUAACGCGAACGUGAGCCACACCAUCAACGAAGAUGAACGGGCAGAAUUCACAAAUCACAUCAACUCCGUGCUGGAAGGCGACUCAGACAUUGCGCAUCGCCUACCGAUCCCUACGAAUACGAUGCAGCUCUUCGACGAGUGCAGAGACGGUCUCAUCCUCUGUAAGCUCAUCAACGACUCCGUGCCCGACACGAUCGAUCCGCGUGUGUUGAACAAGCCAACACCGCGCAAGCCCUUGAACGCGUUUCAGAUGACUGAAAACAACAACGUCGUUAUCAUGUCCGCGAAGGCGAUUGGAUGCUCCGUCGUGAACAUCGGGCCUACGGACAUCGCGGAGGGCAGGGAGCACUUGAUUCUCGGUCUCAUCUGGCAGGUCAUCCGGAGAGGACUGCUCGCACAGGUGGACAUCAAGAUCCACCCCGAGCUCUACCGUCUGUGUGAGGAGGGUGAGACCAUUGAGGACCUCCUCCGCUUGACUCCCGACCAGAUCCUCCUGCGGUGGUUCAACUACCACUUGAAGGCUGCAGGAUGGCACCGCAGAGUGAACAACUUCAGCCGCGACGUGUCUGACGGCGAGAACUACACCGUUCUCCUGAACCAGCUCAAGCCAGACGAAUGCUCGCGCGCCCCUCUCCAGACGCGCGAUGUGCGCCAGCGCGCGGAAGAGGUGCUCCAGAACGCGGAUAGGAUUGGGUGCCGGAAGUACCUGACGCCCGCGUCCAUGGAAGCGAAGGACUACGGCGCAGUCGAGGACUUUGACGCGGAGGGCGAGCGCGAGGCGCGCGUCUUCACGCUCUGGCUUAACUCGCUCGGCGUCGAGCCUGGCGUGUUCAACCUGUUCCAGGAUCUCAAAGACGGAUUGAUCAUCCUGCAGGCGUUCGACAAGAUUGUCCCUGGCAGCGUGGUAUGGCGGCGCGUGAGCAAGCCGAAGGGGGGUGCUGCUCCUAGCUACCAGACAAUGGACGGCGAGGAAGAGGAGGACAUAGGCGUGACGCCCAACCAGUCGAAUCUCUCGCGCUUCAAGCAGGUCGAGAACUGCAACUACUCCGUGGAGCUCGCGAGGCAGAACGGGAUGCACAUGGUCGGCAUCCAGGGCGCUGACAUCGUCGACGGCUCGAAGACUCUUGUUCUCGGGCUCGUAUGGCAGCUCAUGCGGAUGAACAUCACCAGGACGCUUAGCUCGCUCUCGGGCAAGGGUCGUCCUAUCACCGACACGGAGAUCCUCAAGUGGGCGAACACGACGGCUCAGAAGGCGAAGCCCGGCGUCAAGCCGAUCCGGUCCUUCAAGGAUCCCUCGCUCACUACUGGUCUUUUCUUCCUCGACUUGUUGGAGGCGUUGCGCCCUGGUAUCGUCGACCCUAGCCUGAUUAUUCCAGUCAAUGAGACCGGGCCGUAUGAAGACCGCCGACAGAAUGCGAAACUCGCCAUCUCUAUCGCACGUAAGAUGAACGCCCUGAUCUUCCUCGUGCCUGAGGAUAUCGUUGACAUCCGCCCACGUCUGAUCAUGACAUUCGUCGGAAGUCUUAUGGCGAUCGGCAGCCAGUGAAAUCAAGAAGCUAUCUAAACUAUGUUCUUACUAUCCUGCGGUUCGGCGAUUGCUAGUGUAUCAAUGACGGGGAUCGGACAACUAUGUGAUGUAUCACAUAAAACUCACAGUGUAAUGUCUCACGAAUCAUGAAGAGUGGAGAAGCGCAAAGGAAUAUGUAGUACGAUACAACAAUGAAAUCCGGUGUUGUAAUGAUCCC